ACUAAAAAAGUACACCUAGUUUGUAGAUAAGGAAGCUGUCAUAUUUUUUUUUUUGUAUUCAACUAACAGACUAGAGAAAUUUCAUUUGCAUUCGACACGAGCAACACAACUGUCGAAUUUCCGGAUGAAGUAAAAAACAACAAAUUGAAAAGUACACUGCCGUCGAAAUGAGCUUAUUUCCCUGCAUGAAAUUGAGGAAACUUUUCCAGAUGACCAGGCGUCGGUUUGCCAGUGGAGGAGAUGGUAUUUGGCUUAUGGUCGCCGAUCGCCAGGUCGUUGGUCAUGGCAUCAAUGGGCGACCCAUAUACUUCGAUAGCCCGGACUGCCCUUUUCCGGCAAUUCGAUAUCGGGAGGUUACCCCAGAGUUGUGUGCCCUAUGUGAAAAGGAGUUGGACGACUGGAAGAAGCUGUCGCUGGAUGAAAAGAAACAAUUAUACCGAUAUAGCUUCUGCCAAACCUAUGCAGAAUUCCAGCACUUUACACCCGAAUGGAAGCUGUGUCUGGGCGUCGCUUUGUGGCUUGUGUCAAUCGGUAUCGCCAUAUCGAUAUCUAUGAAGACCGUUCUCUAUGGAAAACUGCCGGAUACGUUUAGCGAAGAGCGCCAGUCGGCCCAAUUGCGGCGCAUCAUCCAGCUGCAAAUGAACCCAAUUACUGGAAUAGCGUCCCAAUGGUGCUACCGAGAGAACAAGUGGAAGUAGCACACCAACACGAUGAUUUUCCGUAACCUAUGUACAGAAACGUAACUAGCAAAAUACAAUUCAACAGCUUGCCAUUUGAUCGUUA